AUGAACAAGCUAAGAGACAAAUUUAUUGACUCUACAGUGGAAGAAGAAAGACUGCACGAAAACCGCAAUCAUGAGAAAUACUGGUAUCGUUGGGGUCCGUAUUUAAGUGAGAGAAGUUGGGCAACAGUCCGUGAAGACUAUUCAUUAAACGGUGAUGCCUGGUCCAAUUUUCCCUUCGAACAUGCCAAUGCAAGAGUAUUCCGUUGGGGUGAAGAUGGGUUAUUCGGUGUUUCCGAUAACAAACAAUUAGUGUGUAUGAACGUCGCUUUAUGGAACGGUAAAGAUGAGAGGUUGAAAGAAAGAUUAUUCGGGUUGACUGGGCCACAAGGGAAUCAUGGUGAGGAUGUGAAGGAACUGUACUUUUAUUUAGAUAAUACUCCCACUCAUUCAUAUAUGAAGGCUUUGUACAAGUAUCCCUUCAAGAAGGCUUAUCCGUACGAAGAAUUAGUGCAAAAGAAUGGUGAGAGGGGGUAUGAAGAUAAAGAAUUCGAAGUUUACGAUAUAGAUGGACUGUAUCAUGAUAAGGAAACCAAUGACAGUCCCUAUUUCGAUGUUUUUUUCGAAAUGGCCAAGGAUGACGAAAAUCCAAGUGAACUUAAUUUUCGAUUGACUGUGCAUAAUCGAAGUAAAAUCGAUUCCGGUGAGCUCUACAUAGCCCCACAACUUUUCUUCAGAAAUACCUGGGCCUUUGAUGGUACUAGGACAAAAGAUAAACCCCUUCUUGAAAGGGAUGCAGAGGCAUCAAAUUUAGUCAAUAUGACCCACAAGAAAUAUGGUAACUGCCAAAUGGUAUUUCAGCCAUCUCCAGGCGUGUUCUCUUCCAAUACAGAUGAGGGAGAAGAAGAGGAUGAGGAAGUCGAAGAUAUAGACCCUCUGCUAUUAUUCACUGAUAAUGAAUCCAAUUUAGUAAAGUUGUUUAACGAAGAGAAGAAUCCUUCUGUGUACACAAAGGAUGCUUUUGAAGAAUACCUUGUUAAAGGUCAAAGUGAUGCCGUAAAUCCUGAAAAUAAAGGCACAAAGGCGUGCGCGGUUUAUCAUUUCAAAAAAAUUCCACCAGGUGAAUAUGUUACUGUGAGAUAUAAAUUUACAAAUAAACCUGAAAAUUCUAUCUUCAAAGCGCAAAACCUUGCCGUCGUAGACGAAGACGAGUUUGAUUUAAUUUUCGAUAACAGAGAGGAAGAGGCAGAUAACUUUUACUGGAGAAUUACGCCUUUACCAAUUAGUGAUGAAUUAAGGAACCUUCAGAGGCAAGCUUUUUCCGGUCUGCUAUGGACGAAACAGUUUUACAAUUUUACCUAUGAUGCUUGGUACAAUGGUGAUGCCAAUGUUAAACCUCGCCCUCCUCCUAAUAGGGCUAACGGUAGAAAUAAGAACUGGAAACAUCUUUACAUUGAAGAUAUCCUUUCCAUGCCUGACAAAUGGGAGUAUCCAUUUUUCGCUUCGUGGGACACUGCAUUUCACUGUAUUCCUUUAGCUAUGAUUGAUCCAGAAUUUGCCAAGCGGCAGCUGGAUUUAUUAACAAGAGAGUGGUACAUGCAUCCUAAUGGCCAAAUUCCGGCAUACGAAUGGAAUUUCAAUGAUGUCAACCCACCAGUCCAUGCGUGGGCUGUAUAUCGUGUUUUCAAAAUUGAAAGAAACAUGUACAACCGUGAAGAUCGUACCUUUUUAGAAAGAGUCUUCCAGAAACUUCUGUUAAAUUUUACAUGGUGGGUCAACAGAAAGGAUACCGAAGGUAAUAACGUUUUUGAGGGAGGGUUUUUGGGCCUUGAUAAUAUCGGAAUUUUUAAUAGAUCUGAACCACUACCAACAGGUGGCACGCUAGAACAAGCCGAUUCUACAGGUUGGAUGGCCUUUUUCAGUCUGCAAAUGCUAAACAUUGCAUUGGAGUUAGCAAAAGAGAACCCGGUUUAUGAAGACAUUGCCUCCAAGUUUUUUGAACAUUUCAUCUUGAUAAGUGACUCUAUGUCAUUUGAAUACGCCACAGACAUCACAGGAGAGAAAUGUAAAAAUGUUAUCAAACAAAAUCUAUGGAAUGAGACAGAUAAAUUUUAUUACGACGCCAUCUCCUGGGGUGAUCACAAAGAACAGUUACCAAUUAGAUCUCUCGUGGGAUUAAUCCCAUUAUAUGCUUCUAUGACUUUAGAACCUAGUAUCAUAAAACAAUUUCCAGGUUUCAAAAAGAGAGUUGAUUGGUUUGUGAAUAACCGUCCAGAGAUCUUUGAUAGAAACAUUGCCUCCAUGUCAAAAAAAGGAGUUGGAGAGAGAUUACUAUUAUCACUUGUUACCAAGGAAAGAUUAACAGCCAUAUUGGCACGGUUACUGGAUGAAACUGAGUUCUUGUCACCAUAUGGUAUUAGAUCUCUUUCAAAGUAUCAUGAAAAGCACCCAUUUGAAAUGAACGUGAAUGGUGUCGAAUAUAUGGUUAAAUACUUACCAGGUGAAUCGGAUUCGGGUAUGUUUGGUGGUAAUUCUAACUGGAGAGGACCGAUUUGGUUUCCAACUAGCUUUUUAAUUAUGGAAGCAUUACAAAGAUUUUAUUUGUACUACGGUUCCGAUUUCAAAGUAGAGUGUCCGGUAGGUUCCGGUGACUACUUGAAUCUUGCAGAAGUUGCCGAGGAACUUGGGUAUCGUAUGAUUCACCUAUUUGUUCCAGACGAAAAUGGAGAGCGCGCUGUUCAUUAUGGUGAUCACUCCAGAUUUCUAUCUUCCGACCCAUACUUUAAGGAGUAUGUACCAUUUUUUGAAUAUUUCGAUGGUGACACGGGAAGAGGACUUGGUGCUUCACAUCAAUGUGGUUGGACGGCCCUUGUUGCUAAAUGGAUUAGCGAUGUAGGCAUAUCUUGUGUAAGAUUGCCUCGUACGCCAAGAUCAUCGGUGGCAACAACUGCUUCAACAGAAAGCUCUGAGCAAGGCCAUAAAAUGAAGAGGAUGGCAAGACGUAAGAGUGCCAAAUCUUUGGUGAACUACACUGCCACUAUUUUGGAUUUGACUGAAGAAGAGAAGCGACAUCAUAGGAUAGGCGGGACCCAUUCUGGGUUAACACCACAAAGCAGUAUUUCAAGUGAUAAGGCAAGACAUCUGAUGGAGGAAAUGAACGAAGAGGAGGGAAUCCAUGAGGUUGUGGUGCCAGAAGAUCGUCACAAAUUCGAAACUAAACUUAUAAGCAAGCUAAAAGAUAAAGUGAAAAAUAUGAAAGUUACUGAUAAGGCUAGAAAUGAGGAUAUAAACCCGUCAGAUCCAAUGACUCCCGUGAACAAAGAUGUAUCCUAA